AGAUUCGUCACCUCAAACGUCACCAACCCCUUUACUGAUGCUCGUGUGGAUCUCAGUUGUAUAUGUAUAUAUAACACUAUCCACUCAACCUGCUCCAUAUAUGUCUUCUACAAGAGAUAAACCCCUCGUGUACGUUAUCUACCGAGUGUCAAAUACACGCGCCACCGCUACGAUGGUCCACCACCGCUUCCUCCUCGUAACAUACCCCAUACAAGGCCACAUCAACCCCACAAUUCAGUUCGCGAAACGACUCGUUGCCAUCGGUGUCCACGUCACCUUCGUUAUAAGCUUCAACCUUUACCGUCGCAUGCUUAACAAACCGACCAUCCAUGGCCUCUCUUUCGCCCCCUUCUCUGACGGCUACGACGACGGUUACAACUCCAGCGACGACUUCGACGUGAUGAAUUACAUGUUGGAGCUGAAGCGCCGUGGUGCAGAGUUUCUUAGAAACACCAUAGCCGCCGCCGCAGAGGAAGGUCACCCUUUCACUUGCGUCACGUACACCCUCCUCCUUGCUUGGGCUGCCAAGGUGGCGCGUGAGUUUCACAUUCCGGGGACGUUGCUGUGGAUUCAACCAGCAACGGUGUUUGAUAUCUACUAUCACUACUUCCAUGAAUACGGUGACUACAUCAGCGACAAAUCCAAGGACCCCACAUGUUCUUCCAUUGAAUUACCGGGAUUGCCAUUUUCUCUCACCGCACGUGAUCUUCCCUCGUUCCUCUUACCCUCCAAUACUUAUCGUUUUGCUCUUCCUUCCUUUGAAGAACAACUUCAAGAGCUUGACCAAGAAACCAACCCUAGGGUUCUUGUGAAUACCUUUGAGGAGUUGGAACCUGAGGCUUUGAAAGCAAUUGAUAAGUUUACAAUGGUACCCAUUGGGCCUUUGAUUCCCUCUGCCUUCUUGGAUGGUAAAGACCCUUCUGAUACUUCCUUUGGCGGGGACAUCUUCCAUGCAUCAAAUGAUGACCUUGAGUGGUUAGACUCAAAGCCUGAGUUUUCUGUGGUUUAUGUGUCUUUUGGUACAAUUGCUGUGUUGCCUAAGAGACAGAUGGAGGAGAUUGCACGUGCGUUGCUAGAUUCUGGAUGUUCCUUUUUGUGGGUCAUUAGAGAAAAAACAAAGGAAGGAGAGGAACAAAGAGAAAAGGGUGAGGAGUUGAGUUGUAGAGAGGAAUUGGAAAAGAGGGGUAAGAUAGUAAAAUGGUGUUCUCAGGUGGAGGUUCUGUCACAUGCUUCGUUGGGUUGUUUUGUGACACAUUGUGGUUGGAAUUCAACCAUGGAAAGUUUGGCUUCGGGGGUUCCUAUGGUGGCGUUUCCUCAGUGGACAGACCAAACUACUAAUGCAAAGGUGAUACAAGAUGUGUGGAAGACAGGGGUGAGGAUAGAUGAUAAGGUGAAUGAGGAGGGGAUUGUGGAAGCUAGGGAAAUUAGGAGGUGUCUGGAAGUGGUUAUGGGGAGUGGAGAAAAAGGAGAGGAUUUGAGAAGGAAUGCAAAGAAAUGGAAAUAUUUGGCAAGGGAAGCUGUGAAGGAAGGAGGCUCUUCAGACAGGAACAUGAGAUGUUUUGUGGAUGAUGUUGGAAAAUAUGUACAGGGUAGUUUCAUGUAACUAUCUUGUUGGGUAAUUGAGAAAAAACCAAUUGAACCUAAUGAGUAAGUCUUAUACUAAAUGUUGAAUAUUCACCUCUGUGAUGAAGAGUAAUUAAGAUUAAAUUGUGUCUUAGUAAUAUUCAUUCCCACUUUGGAUAGUCAAAAAGAAAAUUUGAGCAACCCAGGGAUGUUAGUGCAUCUUUGUGCCAUACAAAAUUCGAUUCUUUCCAACUCGCAAGAAUAUUGAAAAUUUGCAAUUUAAGGUUUUAUGAUUGCGUCAUUGGACACUGGCAACUUUUUCAGUAAAUUUGGUUUUGGUUGUGUAUGAUUGUUAGAACACAAAAUUAGCACAUGAACUUUAUCAUCUUGACCACUCUUAAAUACGUAUAGAAUACAGGAUAAACUCUACUAAAUAACUAUUGAUUAAAUUAACGGUUACGAAAUUACUAAAAUAUUAAUAAUUAUUUAGCUAAACAUUAUUUCACACUUUAAUUUUUAAUAUAUACCCCCCCACACUUUAAACUUUACAUGCCUCUAGUAUUGAUGUAAUAUUACGAAUUUAAAUAUGAUGGUAAUGCUUUUGGAUCGGAUUGCGUUGUGUCAGUGUGCCAAUAGAACAUCCCAAGUUAAAAAAAUUAUUAGUCUAGUAAGGGAAAUGUUUAGUAAUCAACCAUCCUAGUUAGUAUGCGUCUGAUAUAGUCAUCACCUCAAGUGUGUUUCUGGUAAGACAAAUUUGGGUGUUUCAUAUUAUUUUGUUGUCGUGAUUCCUUGAUAGUUCACAUUGGGUGUUUUAUUGUGAUGGUGUGUGUCCAGACCCAAAAAAACAUAACUUAAAAUUGCGUAAAACAUUUGGAGGCCCAAAUUGGGAAAAGAAAAUUGUGAUAGGUAAUGUUUUAGUAAU